GAUGUCUGGCUUAUGAUUGGACAGGAACUGUGUACGUCAUUUGAAUGGCGUGUGACCGCCGCUGUCUUUGAGGAACAUACGCGACGCUAGAAACAACGCGGUCUGAGCUGGAAUUUUCAGAUACUCCAUAUGGAUUCUUCAUGUUGAUUCCGGGUUUUUUGAGGCUGAGUCGAGCGGAGGUGCGUGUGAGGAGACUGGCGGCUCAAUUCAGCACAGCAGCCAUGUCCACCUCUGAAGCCAACGGGGAGGCUCCUACCGCGGCCAUCCUCAUCAUCGGAGACGAGAUACUCAAGGGCCACACAGUGGACACCAAUAGCACUUUCCUCACUCGAGCAUUAAGGAAGCUGGGCGUGUCCGUACAGCGAAUAACAGUCGUACCGGACAUCCAGGAGGUCAUCGCCAAAGAAGUGGCCCUCCUUUCCCCUCGGCACACCCAUCUCAUCACCUCAGGCGGCAUCGGGCCAACACACGACGACGUCACCUUCGAGAGCAUUGCCAUGGCUUUCCAGGAGGAGGUGUACCCGCACCCUGAGCUUUCCCGGCUGGUGGAGGAGUUCUUCGGAGUGGCGGACAAACACAGCGCAGCCAUGAAGCUGGCUAUGGUGCCUCGGUCAGCCAAACUCAACUACGGAACGGACCCUCAGACUGGAAAACCUCUUCGCUAUCCGCUGGUGAGUGUGCGUAACGUGUAUAUAUUUCCUGGAAUACCAUCCCUCAUGGAGAAAGCCUUCAAUGGCUUGGAACACCUCUUUGCAAGUUCAGGUACCAGCUUUCACACUCGCGAGGUCUUUGUGGCCGCGGAUGAGACCGAGAUUGCCCCUGUGCUCACAAAACUGCAGGCCUCAUGGGGCCGCAAGGUGGCACUCGGCUCCUACCCUGACUGGCUGAGCAACUACCACAGAGUCAGGCUGGUCCUGGACUCAAACAGCCAGGAGGAGGUGGACAAAGCUCGGGCACAGCUGAUCGACAAGCUGCCCAGUGGGAGCGUGGUGCCUCUAGUCACUGACCCGGUGUCCAUUGCCACCGCUGAGGUGUACACGCUAGCCAACAGCGGCACACCGCUGGGCGCGAAAGUUGCGUCGGCGCUGAAAACGAUCGAGGCCGCGCUGGAUCAGUAUCCCACAGAGGAAGUCUGCGUCGGUUUUAACGGCGGCAAAGACUGCACAGCACUGCUGCAUCUCUACUACGCUGCGAUGAAGCGGCGCUACCCAGACAGUAAAGACAAGUUGAAAGCUCUUUACAUCCGCAUCGUCUCUCCAUUCUCAGAAAUGGAAAGAUUCCUUCAGGAUACUAUAAAAAGGUACGACCUGGAUCUGUUCUCCGUAGAGGGCAGUAUCCGGCAGGCCCUGACCGAGGUCCAGGAGCGGAAGCCGGAGCUAAAAGCCGUCCUGAUGGGCACCAGAAGGAGCGACCCUUACUCUGUCACGCUAACGCCAAUGUGUCCCACCGACCCCGGCUGGCCACCCUACAUGAGAGUCAACCCCUUACUGGACUGGACUUAUCACGACAUCUGGUCCUUCUUGAGAACACUAUAUGUCCCCUACUAUCUCUACGAUAAAGGCUACACAUCACUGGGCAGCAUGGACAACACGUGUCGAAACACGGCGCUGCAGGUGGUGGACGAAAGAGGCGUGGCACGCUACCAGCCGGCCUACCUGUUGGAGAAUGCGGAAGAGGAGCGGAACUCCCGGGCCUAAUGGUUUCCUCCUUCAUCAUGGACAGUUUUUUUUACUUCAUUUCAGUUGCAUAAAGACUGUAAAAACAAGAUGUUUGUGCGUAAGUGCGCAGCUGUGCUUUACUGAUCAUGGCUUUCUGUGCUGCUGAAUAAAGCAUCCAUCAAGUCA